AGCUACUUCACUACCACCGCAGACGACCCCGGUCAAAAAGCCAAACCAAAACCACCACCACCACCACCGCCUCCACCACCAUCUCCGACCGAUAAAACUCAGCCAGCCAGCAUCUCCCUCUCCAUCUCUCCAUGCCGCCGGCGACGGCGACCGGUAGCCCCUGAAAUCUCCGGCAUGGGAACGAUCGGCGGGCGCGGCCUCCUCUGGCCGUUCUUCAUCGCUCUCGCCUCGUCGUGGCUCGUCCUGGCCGACUCGGCGUGCAACUCCACCGCGACGGCCGACGACCAGAGUCCCGUCUCCCUGGCCUUCGCCUCCGUCUCCGGCUUUGACCCUUCCUGGCUUCGCUCCGCCUGCCCCGCCGACAUCCGCCUCCCCUCCCGGAACCUGAGCGGGAACGUCGCGUGGCAGCACCUGAGGGACGUGAAGGGCCUGCGCGCCCUCGACCUCUCGGGCAACUCCCUCCACGGCGCCGUCCCCGGGUGGCUCAUCGCCGACUCGAGCCUCGUCGAGCUCAACCUCUCCUCCAACCGCUUCGGCGGCGGCAUCGCCUUCUCCGGCGCGGGCGCCGGGAACGUCUCGUCUUCGUCGCCCUUGGAAGUCCUCGAUCUGUCCGGCAACCGGUUCACCAGCUUCGGCAAUUUCUCCCGCUUCUUCUCGCGCCUCCGCGUCCUCGACCUCUCCGGCAACAAGCUCGGGGCCUUCCCUCCCGGCCUCUCCGAUCUCGCCGCGCUCGAGCGGCUCGACGUUUCGGGCUGCAUCAUCUCCGGCGACCCGCGACCCGUUUCGUCCCUCAAGUCCUUGAAGUACCUGGAUCUUUCCAACAACUCGCUGACCGGCGACUUCCCGGACGAUUUCCCUCCGCUGGCCGGCAUCUUGUCCUUGAACGUCUCGCUCAACGACUUCGCCGGCCGGGUCAGCCCCGGGAGUCGCCGGAAGUACGGGGACUCCGCGUUCAUCCACGCCGGGAAGAACCUCGUUUUCGAAGCCGACGCUAGGAAAACCCCGAGCCCGGCGACGCGCCACCGUAACUCGACGAGCCCUGCUACCCGACCCACCGAGAAACUCGCCGCGGGCAAGAGACCCGACUCGCGGAAGAGGCGGCUGGUCCUGAUUCUGGUUCCGACAGCGGCGGCGGCCCUGGUCGCCGCCGCUCUCGCCGCCCUCUGUUGCGUCUACUUCGGGAGGGGGAGGAGCUUCGCCCGAAGGAAGAACAAGUGGGCCAUAUCGGGCCCGGCCCGGCCCGAGUUCCGGAUGGAGAAGGCGUCCGGGCCGUUCGCGUUCGAGACGGAGUCGGGGACGGCGUGGGUGGCGGACAUCAGGGAGCCGUCGUCGGCGGCGGUGGUGAUGUUCGAGAAGCCGCUGAUGAGCCUGACCUUCCGGGACCUGAUCGCCGCCACGUCCGGGUUCGGCCGGGAGUCGCUGCUCGGGGAGGGGCGGUGCGGGCCGGUCUACCGGGCGGUGCUGCCGGACCUCCACGUGGCGAUCCGGGUGCUCGACGGCGCGAGGGCCGUCGGCCCCGGCGCCGCCGGGGUCUUCGAGGGGCUCGCCAAGCUCAAGCACCCGAACCUGCUGCCCAUCUCUGGCUACUGCAUCGCCGGCAAGGAGAAGCUGGUGCUGUACGAGUUCAUGCCCAACGGGGACCUCCGCCAAUGGCUCCACGAGCUCCCGGCCGGGGCACCUAACGUGGAGGACUGGAGCACCGACACGUGGGAGCAUCCCGGUGGCGAGUCAUCCUCCCCAGAGAAGGGGGACUGGCUCACGCGCCACCGCAUUGCGGUCGGGGUCGCCCGGGGCCUCGCCUACCUCCACCAUGCGGGGUCCGCCCACGGCCACCUCGUCGCUUCCAACGUCCUCCUCACCGACGACUUCGAGCCCCGGAUCUCCGACUUUGGGAUCCAGAAUUUCGGGGGUGGGAGAGAGCAAUUCGGGGAUGGGAGAAUUGAGCGUGCCGACCCCGCCCCGGAGACAGACGUUUAUUACUUCGGGAUGAUCUUGGUGGAGCUUUUGACGGGGCGAGAAGGGAGCGAGGAGAGCUUGGCAUGGGCGAGGAGGCUGGUGAGGGAAGGGCGCGGCGAGGAGGCGCUCGAGAGGAGGCUGAGGAUCGGCUGCGGCGGCACGGUGAGCGAGAUGGUGGAGUGCCUCCGCGUGGGUUACUUGUGCACGGCGGAGUCACCCGGGAAGCGGCCCACCAUGCAACAAGUUGUGGGCCUCCUCAAGGACAUCCGCCCCCAGCCGAGCUGACAAGCCAAGAGUCUAUCGAGUAGCUCAAACUCGGGCUACACACCAAGCCGACAUAGGCCGCCCCAAUGCUAAGGAGGCACGGGAAUUAUAAUUGAGUCUGUCGUGUAAGUCACACGUGAGGUCUGCUGCCACAAUAUUCCCGAUCGAUUGGUCACGUCCCUUAAACAUAGGAAAGCUCUCAAUUGAGUCACUGAUAUCACAUCAGCAUGUCGGGUGAUGUAAAAUUCAGGUCGAUUUUUUUUUUUUAUAUUUUUGGGAAUUGCAUUUCAGUUUGGACCAAGGCUUGGUGUCCAUUGGGUAUUUGUUGUUGUGGGAUUUAGAUUUUUUUUGCCAUGUAUAGACAAGAUCUUAAAGUAAAAAAAAAAAAACAAAAGAAUAUUAAUUAAA